UUUAAGAAAUCAGAUUCAGAAAGAAACAGAAACAGAAACAGAAACAGAAACAGAGAAUGGAAGACAAGAACAAGUACAGCAUAAUCAUACCGACUUACAACGAGCGCCUCAACAUCGCUCUCAUCGUCUACCUCGUCUUCAAGCAUCUCCGGGAUGUCGAUUUCGAAAUAAUUGUUGUGGACGAUGGGAGUCCUGAUGGGACUCAAGAAAUCGUAAAACAAUUGCAGCAAGUGUAUGGGGAAGAUCGCAUUCUGUUGAGAGCUAGACCCAAGAAGCUUGGGUUAGGAACUGCUUACUCUCAUGGCGUGAAGCAUGCAUCUGGAAAUUUUGUUGUGAUCAUGGAUGCUGAUCUAUCGCACCAUCCAAAGUACUUGCCGAGUUUCAUCAAGAAGCAGUUGGAGACUGGUGCAAGUAUAGUUACUGGAACGCGCUAUGUUAAAGAUGGCGGUGUACAUGGAUGGAACCUUAUGCGCAAGCUAACGAGUAGGGGGGCAAAUGUUCUUGCACAAACACUUCUAUGGCCCGGUGUAUCAGACUUGACUGGAUCCUUCCGGCUUUACAGGAAGUCUGUUCUUGAAGAUCUCAUUAGCUCCUGUGUUAGCAAGGGAUAUGUCUUUCAAAUGGAGAUGAUUGUUCGGGCUUCUAGAAAAGGUUACCAUAUUGAAGAGGUCCCAAUUACAUUUGUUGAUAGAGUAUAUGGAAGUUCAAAGCUUGGAGGAUCUGAAAUUGUAGAAUAUCUAAAAGGUCUUGUAUAUUUGUUGGUAACCACAUAAAAUGAAGCUGAAUGGCAAGUCAGUGAUCAUUUUUCUUUUUCCUUUUGUGCACGACUCAUGUAAGGUUUUUAGUUCUAAUACUAUCUUUUUGUUUAUAAAUUUUGAUGGGUUUCGAUGAUACAAACAAUUAUGAUUCUGAAUUGAGUCUAGGAAUUAAUGUUAUCACAUGAGUUAUAUGUAUAGUACACUCUUAUUUUACUUUCAUCCUAAUAUGCCGAUGUGGCCUUGUCUAUC